GGUAUUUGAGGGAGGAACCAUUCCUUCUAUUAGAACAUUACAUCGGUCUCUAGGUAAUACUACUCCCAAGAACGCAGGGAGCUGGUUUUAGAGGAAGAUGAACUCCAGGUGGCGAGGGCUAACUACAUCUUGGGUGGGGCAUAUCUUCUGGAGAUGUAGAAGCAAUCAAAAUGGGACAGGGAGGUCUGAGGAACGUGUACUAGAGAUGACAUAAAUGGCAAAGGAGACAUAGGCCGUGGGAUUGUGACUGAAAGACGUGAGUGCAGCUUGUCCAGAGAGGCAGGAGAUGCCCUGGGUAGAGAAGGUUGGGGACCAAGCAGGGCGGUGGCCUAGAAUGCUCUUCGAAGCAUUAUUUCCUCCUUGCCGCAAGAGGGCGCUGCGUCCAAGGCGCGUAGAGGAAGAAGUAAAGCAAGUCCACGUUGGGCCCCGACGCCUGCGUACAGACGGCCGCGCCGAGUCUGGCUCCCCCUCUUUCUCCAGAGGCACGGAUUGGACCCACGGACCGGGCGUGAUGGCGGUCGGUACCGGAACCUCCUUGGCACUGUCCUCCCUCCUGUCCCUGCUGCUCUUCGCUGGCAUGCAGAUAUACAGUCGUCAGCUGGCCUCCACUGAGUGGCUCACAAUUCAGGGGGGCCUGCUGGGCUCCGGCCUUUUCGUCUUUUCCCUGACUGCCUUCAAUAAUCUGGAAAAUCUGGUCUUUGGUAAAGGUUUCCAAGCAAAGAUCUUCCCUGAGAUUCUCCUCUGCUUGCUGCUGGCACUCUUUGCAUCUGGUCUCAUCCACCGGGUCUGUGUCACCACCUGCUUCAUCUUCUCCAUGGUUGGUCUGUACUACAUCAACAAGAUCUCCUCCACUCUGUACCAGGCAGCAGCUCCAGUCCUCACACCAGCCAAAGUUACCGGCAAGGGCAAGAAGAGAAACUAACCCCUAACGGCUAAUAAAGAUGAUUCUUUGUAGUUCUGACCCUGAACUGCGUGCGAUGAGUUGUCACCCU